UUUAAUUAUAAAUGAAAGUAUAAAGGGCUCAUGGAAAGUACCGAGACUGUGGUCAAGAAAUGUUCUUGUAGUUGUUCACAAGAAAGGAAGUGCUGUAGUCAUUGAGUCAUUGUCAUAUUUAAGAAGAAGUCUGACUUUAAAUAAUUUGCAACUGUACGUGGAAAUGCAUCCCUCAACAAGUACUUUCUCAUAAGCAGAGCGAGAGAAACAUUGGAAGAAGAAAAACAUGCUUGGACAGCUGGCCUCAAGGGAAGAUAAUGCUACCUGAAUUUAUUUUUAGAUUGUGUCAGUUUUACCUACAACCUACAACCACAUAUUUCAUUUUGUUCAUUUUUUGCGAUUCAAUUUGGUAGAGACUUCAGCUCUUUGGAAAUUGUAAGUACAACUCUAGAUUAAAAUUCUUAAAAGGGUCAGAAAUUAUAUUAUAUUUCACAUUUAGGGCCUUUUCUUUAUCACAAUACAAAAAAGACUUGCAUCAAGGCCAUGAAGUAAAAAAAAAAGAUACAGUGUGUCUUAACCAAGUGCAUGGAUGGAGUCUCAAUUGGUUGCUUAAAAAUCAACAUUUAGGCUGGCUCUAUACAAGUAUUGAUUUAUAAAAGGUGAAUUUAACAUAUUUAAAUGUGGAUAUUGCAUUGUAAUGACAAUAAGUACGACAUCUAGUUCAAAUCUGAAAAGUGUUUUAAGUGUUGCACUUUUCCUCUAGAGAUGAAAUAGGACAUAUUUUGCAUGUUAAUACAAACUCCAGCUGUAACCAGACAGGGCUUCAGUUUGAUAGGUUUACUGUAAGUAACCUAUUAAGUCUUCUAGGAUGAUUUGUUUAGCUUGCAUCAUCUUUCCAUAUUUUAUAUGCAAAUCACAUUCAAACAGCCUUUUGUAUUCUCAGCCAGUAUGUAUUAAAGGCAGCAGUACCCUCACAUCUCAGUGUUUACAUGUCCACUCUGCAGAUAGUGACUGCACCUGCUCAUGGUCCUACUCUCUAUUCACCUACCCACAACUACUAGAACAACUACAGCAUGGUGCUUGAUUGUACAAAGAUCAAGGAUGUCCUGGAGAGGUACUACCUGUCACCGUUUUAUGCCGUUGAGUUCUGCGUUGGUUUCCCUGGCAACCUUUUGGUUGUACUUGGCUAUAUAUGUUGUUUGCAGGAGUGGCAGAGCUGCAAUAUUUACCUCUUCAACCUGGCAGUCUCUGACCUUAUUUUCCUCUGCACACUUCCACGCCUCUCGUACCUCUAUGCAAAUGACCAACCAGAGAAGAGUCCCUAUGGUUGCAUUAUCAACCGCUAUGUCCUGCAUGUCAAUCUUUACUCAUCCAUACUGUUUAUGGUUUGGCUUAGCAUGGACCGUUUCCUGCUCAUAAGACAUCCAACACGUAACCACUACCUAUUGAGGCCGAAAAUAGCCAUGAUCGUGUCAGGGCUGAGCUGGCUAGCUGUUAAUGUGGAAGUUGCUCCGAUGAUAUCACUGAUGGUCCACGAUCUUCAGAGAGGAAACUGGAGUAGCUGCAAGGAUUUUGCCAGCUUGAAAGGAGAGGUCCAUACAUUGGGCUACAGCCUGGGGCUUACCCUCACUGGUUACACUCUCCCUUUGCUUGGACUGUGUGGUUUCUCGUACCAAAUUGCACAUUUACUCCAUAUCCAGGAAAGGGCCAUACAGCGCCGGACAAGCACGUAUAAGCGUCCUCUCAGGGUUGCUGUAUCGGCCGCUAUCAUGUUUCUGCUUCUCUACACACCCUACCAUGUGCUGAGAAAUGUCCGAAUAGCAUCUCAGCACGACUGGACAGGGUUGCAGCUUUGUACAAGGAUGAACAUAGAGAGCCUGUACAUCAUCACAAGACCAUUUGCCUUCUUGCACAGUGUCAUCAACCCUGUCUUUUACUUCCUCAUGGGGGACAAAUUCAAAAAGCUCCUAUUGGCUAAGCUCAGGAAGCUGAUCAGAAAGACAGAGCAGCAAAGAGAACCAGCCUGAAAAAAUUCAACAUAGUGUCCCUGAAUAAAAGAAACAUCAUGUGAAUCAGCUCCUUCUUUACGUGUAUUUUGUUAUACUGAUAAAUAAUGUGGAUAUUUUAUUAUGGUGUAUAUAUAUUACAUUUUAUUUUAUUGUUGACCAAAUAAAGUAAUGUAAGACAACCGCUGUAAAUGCAUUUGAUGAGUAGAGCCUGUAGCUAUUUUUGUAUUAACACUCUGUUAAGUAUAAUAAUGUACAGUAUGUGUAUGGGUUCCUGUUUUUAUUUGUAUCUGUAUUUGUUAGACACUCAUUUUUUGCAUCAAUAUUGAUUUAGAAAGUCUAGAGCCUUUUGGCUAGGGGACCAACACGUUAAUAAGAUCUAUACAUUGUAAUGCAGAGCAAGAGCAGUCAGCUGGAUGUCCUAUUUCAAUGCACCCUGCUUCUGAGAUAGUCAAAUGGGAAUAUCUCCUUUUGAAAAAUGAUCUGUAUUUUGUGGUAAAACACUGUUGAAACUGGAGGUUCAUUUUUAUAGAGUCAGCAUUGUUCAAGA